AUGGGAGUCGGUCCCAGAGACCCAAAAACACCAGUCAAAGGUGUGCUUCCACGGAUUAAAAACCUUCUGGUACAACAUCACAAGGGACUUUUUGGCGUCAUAGUUCCUCUGGUAGUAUUGCCAUGGCAACCACAAAAAGGAUUGCACGACAUUACUGUCAUGUGCAUGUGGUUUUGGAUGUUUUGGUUCUUUCUCUUGCAACCGGUGAACAUUCCGGUGGUGGGUUUGGUGCCAGUCUUCCUUCUCCCUAUGGCUGGGGUCACGUCAUCUGCUGAUGUUUGCUCAUGUUAUUUCAAUGAGAACAUAGCGCUUUUUAUUUUAUCUGGAAUGGUUCUCCUGCUGCUAAACAUGUCGGGCAUAGACAGACGAAUAAUACUUUGGCUUUUGUGCUCUGGGGAUAACUGCCAGUUCUCGGGGAAAAGAAUCGUGUUUAAGUCGAGCGUUGCUGCGUUUGUAAUGUCGAUGUUUAGUAACCGUCUUAUUAUAACAUCGACGAUUACUCAGUACCUUACCCCCGCAUAUGUUAAUCUGCAGUCAUACACGUCACGAUACAGAGCUACGGAACCCGAUUACGACACCAUGAGACAUAUUGUUUUAAAUGCUGUACAAACGUCGUCAGCUAUAGGAAGUACUGCAAUUUUACACUCUGCGUAUACUACUGUAGCAAUGCGUGCUAUGUUUUCUGAGCAAGACAAAUCCUUGGUAUUUCCGGAUAUAUACAAUUUCUUGCAAUAUUCCUUCUUUGCUUUUCCCACUGCGUUUCUGAUGUUCAUUUUGAAUAUGUGCUAUCACAUGUUACUUAUUAAUUGUGUGAUCGGAAGACCGAUGAGCGCCAGCAGUAUGACUGAAUUCAGGAGCUCUUUGUUGAAACAGAAGAGCAAUAUCCCGAAGGCUGUUUCACGUCAUGAAAAAAUGUCGCUGCUCUUCAGUAUUCUGUACCUGGCAGCUUUAUUCUUUCGAUGGAGUCGAUACCGCGGUGCAUCUUGGUCAAAAUUCCGCACCAUUCCCAAUUUUGAUGAUUUUCCAAUGAUACAUGACGCAACUGUGGCUGCGAUAUUCGUCUUGGCGAUUCACGUGAUACCAAAGACCUGCGGUUGGGCGAAGAUACUACAAGCUGACAAGAAGAGUCAAUGCGGUUCGCUGAAACCUGACUCUGCUGUAAUGUGGUGGCGAUUUGUUGACAAGAAUACGAAUUAUGGCUAUAUUAUAUUGCUGGGUUCCGGCAUCGCGCUGGUUCGUGCUAUCAAAGAUACGAAGGGAAGCUCGAAGUGUUAUGAUUUCUUCAACGGCAUUCAGAGUAUAGUUAACACCAGUAUGAAGAAGCAUAUAGCCCUGAUCGCCUUCUUGGCGGUGGUUGCUCCCAAUAUCAUGACCGGCGUAGCUGGUCUUAUCUCUCUUUUGCCUUUGAUUAUUAACAUAAGGACUGAGGAAGGAACAGCUGCUUGGGAUACCCACAAGUAUUCUGCGAUCCUCGCUGCCGGUAUGGGGACAUCUUAUGGCUUCAUGAUGCCGUUUUUGUAUACUCCUGCUUACUUCUGUCAUUUCACUGGAAAAGUUCCUAAAAAGAAGAUGAUUUUGUACUCUAUCGGGUCUGUGAUCAUUUGCGGUAUUAUUCUGUGGGCGGCGUGUUGUUUCUGGGCACCUGUGAUUUUUUCUCCUGUCGAGAAGGGUCACGACGGUGUCACGAUCACCGCUGGGGGAGGAGGAGGAGGAGGAGGAGGUGAAGGUGGUGGUGGCGAGGGUGGUGAACCAGAACCUGAACCAUAG